CCACAUCGAAACAGAAAUCAAGUGUGCUGCAGCCUCAUCGAAGAGAUAAAAUAAGUUGUUUCAUUUGGAGGGCAGGGUUUCAUCGCCGGUGCACAUACUCGCAUCUGCUCUGCUAAAUACCCUGCUGGUUGAGGUGAUUGAAGUGAGCUGCUCUCACUCUCCCUACUAGCUGUACAGUAGCAGUACUGUACAAAGCAACAUCGCCAUUGGCUUGCUGAAGUGCUUUAGCACACGAAGAGAAGCCGCCGUAGCAAACUUGUGGAGAAGGCUGCAAGGUGGGUCGGAUCUCUUUCAGUGUGCGUUUCCUGUUCUCUGGAUAGUGUUCGCGUGGAAUGGCAGGCCGAAUGAACCUCCCACUCCUGGCUACCAUCAUUCUAGCAUCAUGUACCUUGACGACGGGUGUGCCGCCUAUAUGGAAGACCUCACCAUGCCCCAUUUACCCUCUCAGUUUCGUAAGCCGAUCUGGGCGGAACACUGAAUUCGUUUGGAUUCCGCUAACCGAGCGAAACGUCACAUGCAAUGCUCUGGACUCGUUGCGAAGUGUAGCCCAGCCACUUACCAGUUUCAAGUUUGAUCUUCUUAAUGGAGAUGAUGUAGCAAUCACGUAUGACCAUUCAGUUACGUGUCCGGUGAGGGCUUGUGCUGUUUGUACUCGAGACUUUGGAGACUGCGCUAUCGUUUCCCCGGUCGGGAGUGCAGGCAAUUGUAUCGAGCAGCGUUGCCCAGACCCAGGGGAAACAACAGCCGCACCGAGACCACCCAACCCUGCUGUCGAUGGAGAUACGGCCAGGCCCUCAACUGAUGAUGUGCAGUCACCAACACCGGGUGGCGAGCUUAGGCCCCGUGAUGGCGUGGUGACUAAAAAUGCUGCCGGGCCGGGCGCUUCACACGUGGUUCCUUCAGAGCCGGAAGAGGGAUAUGGUGGGCCCAGUACACAUCGCGUGGCCGACGCUUUCUCAACACCACCUCUAGCCGACAAUUCCGACGGGGAGAGCAUCAACGCCGCGGGAGCACCGACGGCUCCUGAACGGAGCUCUGGAUUUCCAACUCUAAAUGGUGUCUUCCUCGUUAUCCUCGUCGUCCUGGUUCUAACCGUGAUUGCGGCAGGUUUAGUGAAAAAAAGGAGAGUGCCAAUGCCUGUUUUGUCCAAUAAGAAGAGCAGUGUUGCUGCGGGAGUUGAUCAGCCACCACUGACACCUCUUUCCCACAGUCCGCCUCCAUCAGCCACUUCAGAACACGAGCCCCGUAUGGUCGAAGAGUCCGGCACAGAGGAGCCCGAGAAGUUUGGUGCCACAACCGGCCAAUCGGAGAACGAUCCCACCACUUCAGAACACGAGUCAUGUAUGUUCCCAGAGUCCUGCACGCAGGACUCGCGGCCCGAGAAGCUUGGUGCCAUACCCGACCAAUCGGAGAACGAUCCCAAGGCCAGGCCGGUUGUGUAAAGGAUUAGGGAGAACAACGUUCCGGGCUCCGUUCAACCUUGCCCGAUCUGCUCACUUUGUGAGCUGCUUGAACCGCUGAUCUCCAUGAGAUCGGGCCUGAUGCUGAAAACUUGUCAGCGGCGAAGGCUUGACGUUGAGAGUACUGCAAGUGCUGGUAACUACCUGCUACAUUCACCUGCACUUUUUAUCCCCCCCCCCCUUUUUUUAGGCCUAAGGGAAGCUCUACGACUUCAAUUGUGCCACUCAGAGGAUUUUUCUGCGGCGAAGGCGUGUCGUCGUGAGUGCCCCUACUGAAAGCCUACCUUCUGUAUUCACCUGCAUCUUUCGUUUACUUUUUCUUUUUUUUACUAAGAAGCUGUGUGGAACCUUUCCGACUGCAAUUGUGCCACUAAGAGAAUUAGUACAGCGCAGCUCUGCUCAGUGUUACUGUCACAGAGUACGGCCUUUUGCUCACUGCCCGUGUGUGUGCAGGCCUGCGGGGUAUACCAUCGUCGCAUUGCUCCCCACCUUCUGAUCGUUAUCCUUUUGUCAUUCUGAUUCAACUCAACAUCAUAUUCACUAUCCCUUUACUUGAGUCUAGCCGGUACGCGGUGCCGGCAAACUUGUGUCUGGACCAAAACGGACCCAGCGACUUGAUCUAGGUAUUGCAAAAAUAAUAUUGACAAUAAUUGUUAUUUUGCUUCAUAACUCGUUUCCAUGUGAUUUCUUGUAUUUUAAUAAUACACUUUAAACAUUCUAUUACACUUUAAACAUUCUAUACACAACAGAUUUACAGCUACGUUUGUGCUUCUUGUCUUUAUGUCUCCCGUAUCAACGGCUUCUCUUACCAUGUCCAGCAUAA